AUGGUGCUGCGAUUCUGCCCAGUCUGCGGUGGAUUGCUGAAGGUUGGAGGGCACGGACCAAAUGUGCAAAGAAUGGAGUGCCUCACGUGCCCGUAUAUUCAUAAUAUUAUGGAGCCGCUGACCAACAAGAAAUUUCCCCGUCUGAAGGAGCUGCGGGAUGUGAUGGGUGGAGACGCAGCUUGGGAGAACGCCGACUCCAUGGAAGAAGCGUGCACGAGAGAAGGAUGUACCAAUCGUCGAGCGUAUUUCUUUCAGCUUCAGACGCGUUCAGCUGAUGAGCCCAUGACUACUUUUUACCGCUGUACAGUUUGUGCUCAUCAGUGGAAGGAAUAG